ACUUAUUUAUUCCAAGAAAAUAGCAUUAAAUGAAAAGCAAAUUGUUAAAAUACAGAAUUAUUGCAAUCGUUAGGCGAACGGUUAGCCAGUGUCGCCAACUAAUUUACUUAUUUGAAUAUUUUGCAGUUUCCGUUGCAGGUGCCCCAACAUGAAGAAUUUUUUUUUUAAUUUCAAAUUGCUAUCAAACUACUCUACAAUUUUGUUAUUAAUGUUCUAAAAUGGCUGAAUUUGUAAACUGCAACAAGUGUUUCUCGACAUACAACCCAGACGUUGCUUUUUACGUGGCAAACUGUGGUCAUAUGCAAUGUGAACCUUGCAUAUCAAAAUCGGAUAAGACAAAAUGUGUCGUAUGCAAUUCACCUUCGGACUUAAUCCCCUUAAAUAAUAAUCUGGCACCCGAACUGCAGCCAUUCUUUCGUUCAGUAGGCGAUCUCUUCGACAAAGCGAGACAGGUGAACAAGUUCCAAGAUUUCAACAAAAAUCUAGUUAUAAAAAGUCUAACGGAUAAGUACAAACUUAUGAAGACAAAAGUGUACAAAUGUUACAAACUUAUGCAGGACGCAAAAAAGGAAAACGAAAAGCUGCGAUUACAUAUACAGAAUCUGGCUAAAACCCUACCCACAAGCACACCCGCAACUGCAGGUGUACCAGCAAUAUUCCCUUCACCGGGAAAUUCGGUAAUUUCGUCCAUAUUUCCCAAGCAUCGGAGUGGUACAGCACUCUCUCGACCGGGGCAACAAGUAAACACUCCCUGGAAUAAUUCUUCAAAGGCUAAACAGGCGCCUCACAUGAGUAAUGGACCUCCCAUGUCUAAUGUCAGUCAUUCAUUUAUGACACCUUCCCAGUCGUCAAUGGGAGAGAACACAAUCGAGGAGUCAUUUGAUCAAAGAACGCCGAUCCCAAGAAUUCCCAAUUCUGUCAAGGCUCCACUACCUGCAAGACCUGUGGUAAUGAUGCCCAUGGCUCGUCACCUCAAGUUAGAUUCGAAAAAUAAACCUCGCUAGAGGUUCUGAACAAAGAAGCUGUCAAAGAAUUUAAUCAAAUAGGUUCAUUAUUACUACAAUUCUUUUUAAUUUGGAUUGAGGAAUAAAUUGUUUAAAUUCAAUUUAUAAAUAUUAUUCAAUGUAACUGUUUAUUAAGAAUAAUUUGAUCUUUAUUUAUAAACUGAUGUAAUAAUUGGUAUAGAAAUAAAAAAAAACUUGGACGA